UUUACAGGAAAUUGUCGUACAAUAAGAAAGCUUAGAUCGUGAGAAUUCAGUUCAAACUGUAAUCCACCAUGGACAGGGAGACUUGCCAGUUGACGUCACUGCGACUCUCUCGCGUGUUGGAGGACAUAGGCGUCAGUGAGUGGAUGAUUACCAAAAGGAGGAAAAUGUGGCUGAUGGCAGAGACAUUGUGUGAUACAGCCUUUUGUAAUAUACUAGGUGUAGACGCCUUUUUUCAUCACUUUGGUAGUCAGAGUGAGGGGUCAACAACCCCUGGGAUGACCUCGGAUGUUGACAUGUUAGCUUAUACAGACGAAUGUUGUGUGCUUCAAGACUUGCGUGGAUGGCAACCUCAGAAGAUCAACUUGCUUGUUUUUAAGAAUGAGCGAAUCCCGCCCCAGCACUGCUACAUCCAGGUACUUAGACAAGAUAUCCCGCUGCCUCUGACGUCAAUUUGUGGAUCAGACAUCCCAUUGCCUAUGACUUACCUUUCUUCUUUUGAGAGGGACAAUGAAGGGAGGUUGUUUCUUAAAAAUACAUAUAUGGAUAGUACUUGGACAACACUUUUCAAAGCUUAUGGUAAACUUAUAAUUCAUGGGCCUUCAAGAAGCGCUAAUGAAAUGCAAGAUUAUGUAGCUGCAUUACGCUGUGCAACACUAACUGAAGAGUGCCAGUUCAUGUUUAGCAGACCGCGCCCUGGACACUGGCCAAAGCCUGAGACUUUGACAAAAGCAAGAAUGUGUCCUUCUUUUCUUGUGCCACAGGGAUACCCUGAGAGUGAAAAUAAAAAAAUAGAAUGGAGGUUUUCCACCUCACUGAUGGAAAGACUGCUUGUGUUUGACUUUACCCCGACCCAGAUGAAAGUUUAUACUUUGAUAAAAAUGAUCAGAAAAACAUUUAUCAAACCCAUUGUUGGUGAUAGGCUCAGCACGUUUCAUCUUAAAACGGCCAUGAUGUUUACAAUAGAGAGCUACCCACCAGAGAUGUGGAGAGAAGACCAAAUUAUACAAUGUGCCAUCUACUGUCUGACAACUUUGUGCAGAUGGCUCAAGUUAGGAUACUGUCCACACUUUACCACCUCUGGAGUGAAUUUGUUUGUUGGGAAACUAAACAAAGAUGAACGACGUAAUUUACUCGAAACAUUUCAAGACUAUAUUGAUGAAAGUCUUCAAAUCGUCUUUAGCAUAGAAAUGGAUGAUCUAGGUUCAAGACUGAUUAAUAUAUUGGAUUCUACACAAACUCUCACAAUGAUGACUAGAAACCAAAUGUUGAAUUCAGUAUGGAAACAGUUGGCACACUUGCCUCCACACUAGCUUCAGAGUGCAUACGACUCAGUCGGCCACUUUCUACAGAUAUUGUCAAUCUGUACGAGAUAUCCAUUGACUCUGAU